ACGGAUUGGCAGUUCACGCGCGAGGACCUGGGACGCACCCCGUCGGUGGGCAGCGGGUGGACGGUGGAGCGGGAGGAGCUGGACCGCGCAAAGGCCUGCACGCUGAUAUACUCGGCAGCGCGCAAGCUGAAGCUCCCGCAGGUAACCUCAGCGACGGCGUGCGUGUUCCUGCACCGGUUCUUCAUGCGGCACUCGCUGCGCGACUACCACCACUACAACAUCGCAGCGACAUGCCUGUUCUUCGCGUGCAAGUCUGAGGAGACGCUGCGCAAGCUGGACGACUUCAUUCCAAUCAUCGUCCACUACGCGUCCAAGGGCCUGCGCACGGCGGCGCCGGGCACGGCCGAAUUCGACAAAUGGCGGGCGGUCAUUCUGCGCACCGAAAUCAGCCUGCUGCAGGCCCUGUGCUUUGACAUGGUGGUGGGGCAUCCGCACGUGCAGCUUGCGGCGCUGGCCGAGGAGCUGAGGCUCGGGAGGCGCGUGAGCCAGAUGGCGUGGAGCUUCAUCGGCGACUGCCUCCGGCUGCCCGUGUGCGUGGUGCAUGCGCCGCGCGCCAUUGCCUGUGCCGCCGUGUCGCUGGCCAACCGGGUCAAUGCCGUGGCCGAUGACGCAUGGCUGGAC